AACACCCGCUCCUCAGUGCACUCAACAUCCUCACCGGCGCCCGGUGUCUUUCACGGCGUACCCCAUCGGCACGGCAUUGAAAACAACGGGACGGAUGCUUUAAACAGAGGUCUUGUUUAAAAAAAAAAAAAAAAAUCUAUUUUUUUUUUUUAAAGAAGGGUAGCACAUAUAAACUGCUCUGCUGUGCUCCAAGACAUCUUCACUGCUGAUUCAAGGUUCCCACAGUGCCCCUGGUGUUAAAACUUCAGAAUGGGGAUCAAGGCUGCACUCCCCAAGUAUGAGCUGUACCUGUACACCGCCGUGCUCUACAUGGCCUUGUUCUGGGCUGCCAGCUGGAUCCUGGAGGCGUCCAGCGAACACGUGAACAGGAAGACCUUCCGGGAGAAUGUGAAGCCAGGAUGGCAUUACUUUGGCAGGAAGAUGGACGCAGCAGAUUUUGAAUGGGUAAUGUGGUUCACCAAGUUUCGCAACUACAUCCUCUUCGCCUUGUCCGGUCAUGUGAUCUUCGCAAAGAUCUGCUCUAUGCUGUCACCAAAGCGCAGAUCGCUAAUUUACAUGAUCUAUGGAGUAUGUGCUGUCUUUGUAACCAUGGGCUGGAGCUACGUCACCCUGGUGGUGUCUCACUGUGUGCUGCUCUACACGGUGUCCCUCGUCAAGCGCAAGUGGCUCUGCUUUGUGGCGGGUCUCACCAGCCUGGCCACCUUCAAGAUGGAGCCUCUCGUGACCUGGCAGUCCGGAUUCGUCACAGGAACUUUCGAGCUUCAGGAUAUCCUCUUCUAUGGCGGUUGUGGGUUCAGUAUCAUGCGAUGCAUGAGCUUUGGCUUGGAGAACUGUGAGAGGAAGAACGGGAACUACAGCUUCCUGGACCUGCUCAAGUAUAACUUCUACCUCCCUUUCUUCUACUUUGGACCUAUCAUGACCUUUGAUCAAUUCCACCUUCAGGCUAACAAUCCUGACUUGACCCGUAAGCAGUGGGAGAUGUGGAACAUCACCAAGCAGGCUCUGGUGCACUUGGGGGUCAUUGUGGUGGUGGAUGUCUUCUUCCACUUCUUGUACAUCUUGACCAUACCUUCUGACAUGAAACUGGUGAAGCAGCUGUCAGACUGGUCCCUUGCUGGCUUGGCGUACUCUAACCUGGUGUAUGACUGGGUGAAAGCGGCUGUGAUGUUUGGUGUUAUAAACACGGUGUCUAGACUCGAUCAUCUCGACCCUCCCAAGCCGCCCAAAUGCAUCACGAUGCUAUAUGUUUUCGCUGAAACGCAUUUUGACAGAGGAAUAAAUGACUGGCUUUGCAAAUACGUCUACGACUACCUGGGCAAGAACCAUGACAGCAUCUUCAGAGAGCUCCUGGCCACAGUCAGCACCUUUGCCAUCACCACCCUGUGGCUGGGACCCUGUGAGAUCGUCUAUAUCUGGUCUUUCUUCAACUGCUUCGGCCUCAACUUUGAGCUGUGGGUGGCCAAGUUCUUCUCUCUUAGGCCCUUUUCCACCAUAGAGGGUGCUAUGUCUGAGGCCAUGUCUCGUAGGAUCAGGGGCAUCUUCAACGCUGCUAACUUCUGGCAAAUCAUCCUGUACAACGUCCUGUCCCUUAACAGUCUGGAGUUCGCCAAGCUUGUGGGCACAAGAUUGGUCCUCAAAGGCUUCCCGGUGUCCACCCUGUCUGUGCUGUUCGUCACCUACUGUGGGAUACAGCUGAUUAAAGAGCGGGAGAGGAGGCUUGCCUUGGAGGAGGAAGCUGCGGAGGCCGACGCCCUGAAGGAGGAAGCUAAGGAGAAAACCGAGUAAAAACGGCCAGGCUCCCCAAGCACCCCUAGGUGUGGACUCCCUCGCACCUCCUCCUGGGAGCUCCGCCCAAAGCCUCCGCCUCUGCUCAUGGUAUUACUUUCGAGAGGUGAAUGACCCCAAAGUGCACUUGCUGUAGAUAAACGCCACAGGCUCAUCUAACACACCUGUUUACUGAUUUAAAUACCCCCCCCCCCCCACCCCACCA